UGCGCAUAAUGUCUUUCGAGCUCUGUCUGUGGCUAUCCAUAUUGGAGCUGGUGAAGAUCACCAUCGACUAUCUCAUCUACCAAACCCUGCAGGAGCUCUCCGUUGUUACUGCCGACAGUGAGUAUCGCUAUGUCUAAGGACGGAAGAGUAUUUUGCGUACAGAUCGGAUCCACUGAUUUCAUCCAUGGAGUCAUGGGUGUCAUUCAGAAGGACAAUGCCUGGUCUAAGGGUAUCGAACAUAUGGUCGGUAUCAUAGACGACCCCACUACCGUGCCCGAGGUACCCGCUCUGCAAUUCGUGCACGGUAAGAUGCUGCAGUGGCUAUUCAAUAGCACUACGCGCUCCUUCUUCAACUGCGGCUGGGUGCUACAAACCGAGAACGGUUCUAGGGGCAUCCAUAGCCAUCUAGUAGUCGAGCGCAUGGAAGGCCAUCAAUCCGCACGCCUGCAGAAGAUGUUCAAGCAGUUCACCGAAUCGGAUCAAGGUAAAUGUUUCGAGAAUCGCACCCUCGACUGUCAUAUGUAUAGACACGCCAACGGGCGCAUCUUCCAACGGUCGGUAGACGGCGGUCAGUUCGUACGCAAUUACCUGCGGCAGAAGGUGCCCGGCGUGACGCCGCGGUCGAACGGCAGGAAGACGUACUACGCCGUCCGUGCGUUCCGGUGGACCGCCUUCGAGAAUGAGAUCCAGAGCGGUCUGUGGAAACAGAUAGAAGUACCGGACAUAGUAGAGGCGGAACCCUUCGACAACUCUACCUGCGGAGAGGUAGGCGAGGCACUCUGUAAGAGUGCUGAGAAACUAAGGGAUCUGGUAGAAUAUUGUACCGAUCGUGACAUCCUAACGAAGGAGCAGUUGAUGUACCACGCUCCGGAUAGGUAUCUGAACAUCUGUUGCAUGAACCAAGGGACCUUAAAGCUGCGUACUAUCAUGGAGAUGGUACAGACGACCUCGGUGCAGAAGGGCAUGGAUCAGCUCAUCCGACGUAACGCAAAGAGUAGCGCCACGUUAGCGUGGUUCUGUAGACAAGAGGAUAUCUGUAAACAUUAUUUGGCUACCCUAUUCUAUAGAGUGCUGUGUAAGAAAAACGGAAAGAGAAAUUGGAUAGCCCUGUACGGACCACCCGGUACGGGCAAGAGUAUGAUAAUGAAUGCCUUGGUCGACCCUAGAAUAUGUUUCGGUUCCAUUAACCUACACAACGAGAACUUCCCCUUUAACGAUUGUCAGAACAAGCACGUUAUACUGUGCGACGAACUGGUGCUAAAUCAUAAGUGGAUAGAGCAAUUCAAGACCCUCACUAGUGGCGUGCCGUUCCGUUGUGACCGCAAGUGUAACGACAGUGUCCUGAUCGGACAGACACCCGUGAUAUCUACUAGUAACACCCAUCCGCAUCUGGUGCAGUACCCUCAGGGCCUCAGCUCGAAGCACAAGUCAGAGCUGUCCGUACGGUGUAACAUCGUACAUCUGAAAAGUCCCUGGGUAUACGACGAGGUAACGUUCGAGGAUCUGUGCGCAUUCAUGCUCGACUAUAACUGUGAUCUCGAACUCCCGCAGGUCAUAACCAAAGCCGUCCGCUGCGACUACUGCGGCGUGAGUAGGAUCGCACAACUGACACCGUACGAUACCAUACGAGAGAGCGGAGAUCGGGAGGACGAGCAGCCCGCCAAGAGGCAGCGCAAGGAGAAUCAUACGGACGACGCAGACG